AUGGAGUCGUUUUUUUUAUUCGACCCAAGGAAUCUCAAUCAAAUACUGUGUGUGCUUAUGAUAUGUCUGCCAGUCUUCAAUUAUGGAAACUGCCUCGGAUGGAUGUCACCAAUGUCCCUCCUCUUACAAUCAGAAGACUCGCCUCGCGACGAACCAUUGACCGACGUUGAGAUAUCCUGGAUGGCAUCUGUACCAUAUCUAGCUGGUAUACCAUUCUACUAUAUCUUGGCAUACAUGGGUGACAAGUAUGGGAGAAAAAUCUGCUUACUCUUCACGUCAGCCCUGGGUUGUACCAUAUGGAUCCUGAAACUUUUCUCGACCGAGUUUUGGGCGUUCAUAAUAGCUCGGUGCAUGGUUGGUGUUCUGAUGGCGGGAAGCUUCGUCACUUGUCCCGUGUAUAUAAAGGAAAUAAGUGAGAGCCGCAUUCGAGGACAGCUAGGAUGUUGGACAUCGGUAUUCUACACAGGAGGAAGCUUAUUCCUUUACAUCAUAGGAGAUAUGCUGAGUUAUAGGACAAUCCUCCUAGUCUGCCUUUCUGUGCCUGUAGUCAGCUUUCUACUCUUUUUAUCGAUGCCAGAAUCACCCUCCUACUUAAUACAAAUUGGCAAAAUUGAGGAUGCAGAGAAAGUAUUACUUUGGCUUCGCCGAAAAACCAAAGUUGAUGAUGCAAUAAAACAAGAAAUAGAAGCAAUCAAGACUGAACAGAAAAAUGAUGAUGUAAUGAAUGAUGAGAACCUUAUAAGAACUAUUUUUACACACAAAAUCCUAUUUAGAGCAUUUCAAAUAGCUUUAAUGGCCACUUUGGCUCGAGAUGCGUGUGGGGCUAUACCAGUCAGCAACUUCGCUGGAGAUAUAUUCCUUAAAGCGUCAGAAGGUACCAAAAUACUCCUCAAUCCAAACCAACAGGCAAUGGUACUUGGUGCAGUUCAGUGUUUUGCCUCGAUUAUUGCGUCUAAUGUUGUGGAAAAAUCCGGGAGACGUCCUCUACUGGUAAUCACGUGUGUGGUAUCUGGAAUCAGUAUGUACACACUCGCAAGUUGGUUCUUACUUAAGCAGUACGAUAUUCAUGCUCCAUCUUGGAUACCAAUUAUUACAUUGUGCAUUUGCAUUUUCUGCGACUCUGCUGGCACUUUACCUCUUGGAACCGUUCUUAUAGGAGAAAUAUUCUCCUUCAAGUACCGUGGAACUGUCCUAGCGAUAACCAUGGGAAUGGCAUCAGUUCUCGAUUUCUUUCAAGUAUUCUUCUUCAAGAUUCUAGCAGCUGCUAUUGGAGUACAAGUAGCGUUCUAUGUGUUUGGUUCCUUCUGUAUCUUUAUGGCAAUAUACAUCUAUAUCGUGGUACCAGAGACGAAAAGUCGGCCGUUAGAAGAUAUAUAUGAAGACUUAAAGACUAAGAAGGAGAAAAAAGAAUUUGAGUUACAGAAGGAAGUAAUUUCUAGGUGUUAG